UUUUCAUUGAUUUAUAAGUUUUCAUUACUUGUAAAGCCUCAUUCGAUCAGUCCUCAUUUUAGGUGAAAUUUUUACAAUCAAAAUGUCGGACAGUUCCUUUGAAGAUGGUAAACUCAUGGCUGUCAUAGGCGACGAGGACACCUGCGUAGGAUUUCUGCUUGGCGGCAUUGGCGAAAUCGACGAUGAGCGGCAGCCCAACUUUAUGGUUGUUGAGAAAGACACGAGCGCUGAGGCCAUUGACGAGUGCUUCAAGCGCUUUGUGGCACGCGAGGAUAUUGCCAUUAUAAUGAUCAAUCAGAUAUACGCGGAUAUGAUACGUGCCACCAUCGACCAGCAUCUGCUGCCAGUGCCCACUGUGCUGGAGAUACCCUCAAAGCAGCAGCCCUACGAUGUCCUCAAGGACUCCAUCUUGAAGCGAGCACGUGGCAUACUUCAACCAGUUAAGCGUCGCCGUUAGUUAGUGCUCACUGUACAGUGAAGCUCUUCUAAUAAUUCCGCUUUCAAUUUAUAUUACUCGAAUUGUUGUAUUAAAUAUGACGCUCAUAGCAUAUGGCAUCCGCUUUGAAAGGCUUUUGUCAGUGCUACAAACUCGAUGGGA